AUGUCGUUCCUCACGGCCCGGCAGGCCGUGCAGACGUGCGUGCUGUCGCGGAGGUGGGAGGACCUCUGGUGCUCCAUGCCCUGCCUCAACAUAGACGAGCGGGAGUUUCGCACCUCAGCGUCCGAUUCCGAGGAUGAGGAUGAGGCUGGCCCUGACUGUGCUAGGUUUGAGGAUUUCGUCAUCAAUCUGCUGAUGUUUCACAGUGCGGCAACAUUGGAUAUGUUCAGGUUUCAUACUGUUUCUCGACGAAAGAUUAAAUUUGCCGACCAAUGGCUACGCCGUGGCAUCAAGCGCUUCCCCAAAGUGGCGGAUAUUGAUUCGAAUUGCUCUUAUAAAUUACCACGUUUCGGUUCCAGUUCUUCACGCCUCAACAGGCUGCAUCUUUCUGGCAUUACUUUGGACAAAACCUUCACCCAACAGCUACGUUCUGGCUGCCCGGUCUUGGAAGAUUUGGAGCUCAACUGGUGUGUCCUUGAAGAUGCAGAAAUCGCAUCUUGCACACUGAAGAGCUUGACAAUUGAGCAUUGUACAAUUUACCGUCCUAGUGUGCUGACUAUCAAAGUUCCGUCUCUUACUUGCUUGGAGCUGGUCUCUUUUAGUCACAAUUGGGAUGCUGUUGUAGCAAACGAGAUGCCGUUCCUCAUCAAAGCCACCAUUUGCAUAAUCAAUUCGAUACAGAUACUGCCAUGGGAGCUUCUUUUCAGCCUAAUUAACGUGAAAGAUUUAAAACUGACUGGCUUUCAAGCACCGGCGAAUCUUCAUGUUGGAUCGGAUACUUUCCCUGUGUUCCAUAAUAUUAGAACCUUGCUGUUUGACACAUGCGAUCUAAGUGACAAGUUUGAUAUGCGGGGAUGCUUUCUGAACAAUGCCCCUGGUUUAGAGAAGCUUACACUUGAAAAUUGCACGCUUCCAGAAGCUUCUAAGGGAAGCAAGACAGGAGGAAAUCUGAAGAGGGCAUCUCUAGAAUACGAUGACGCGCUUACUUUCCAAUGCCCAAGCCUGAAGUUGACUGAAAUCAAAUACAUAUAUGACGACGAUGUUCAGAAACUGUUUGACCUUUUGCUUGGCGCUUGGAGGAACCUACAGAAUACUAACAUUGUGAUUAAUAAGAAGACUUAG